CCUCAAAACUAAGAAACAAAGGAUUGAUUGUAAUGGGCAAACUUAUUCCCCACGUAGUCGUUGUACCAGCUCCAUCACAAAGCCAUGUUAUGUCCUUAAUGACACUUUCCCACAAUUUGGCUGAUCAUGGAAUCAAGGUCACAUUUGUGAAUGCAGAUUUCAUACAUUCCAAACUAAUUAUGGAUCCAAUGCCUAACAAGGAGGGUUUGAAGGAGGAUAGUCAGAUCAAUUUUGUCUCAGUUCCAGAUGGAUUGGAACCAGAGGAUGAUAAAAGAGAUGUUCAAAAGUUAAGUGAAUCCAUCAUGAGGGUCAUGCCUGAUCAUUUAGAAAAGCUGAUCAAGAAAAUCCAAGAGUCAAAUGAGUAUGAGAAGCUCACUUGUAUCAUUACUGAUGUCACAUUCUGGUGGCCAUUACAGCUUGCAGAGAAGAUGGGAAUCAGGGGAGCUGCAUUUUGGCCUGCAGGAGCAGGAACUCUUGCCUUGUCCCUUCACAUUCCUAAGCUCAAAGAAGCUGAUAUCAUUGAUGCUAAUGGAUCACUGAUAAAGAAUGAGAUGAUCCAGUUGUCUCCGAACAUACCUGGCAUUAGCACCUCUGAGUUGAUAUGGAACUGCACAACUGAUAAGAAGAUGCAAAAGGCCAUCUUUGAAGCAGCACUAAAUGCUAAUAAGGCCAUUAAAGUCUGCAAGUGGCUUCUCUGCAACUCUGCUCUUGAAUUGGAGCCUUGGGCCUGUGAAUUAAUACCAAACAUCCAAACCAUUGGUCCAUUGCGUUCAAGUAAUUGGCAGAGGCAACCUUCUUGCCAAUUUUGGCAGGAAGACUCGACUUGCUUAAACUGGCUUGAUCAACAACCUCGCCGAUCCGUCAUUUAUGUUGCCUUCGGAAAUCUCUUAUUCUUGAACCAGUGCCAAUUCAAUGAACUUGCUCUUGGGCUUGAAUAUACUGCUCAUCCAUUCUUAUGGGUUGUUAGACCUGAUUUCACUGAUGGAUUUGUUACCAAAUACCCAGAUGGAUUUAUAGAUAGAAUAGCCAAUCAUGGAAAGAUAGUCAGUUGGGCACCUCAACAUAAGGUUCUGGCUCACCCUUCUAUUGCCUGUUUCUUUACCCAUUGUGGCUGGAACUCAACCUUGGAUGCUGUAACCAUGGGUGUUCCCUUUCUAUGUUGGCCUAACCAAUUUGAUCAGUUCCUGCAAAAGAAUUACAUUUGUGAUGUCUGGAAGGUUGGUUUAGCAUUAAAUCCUGAUAAAAAUGGGAUUGUUUCAAGGGAUGAAAUUAAAACAAAACUUGACAAAUUGCUUCAUGAUGAAGAUAUAAUAGCAAAUUCCUUGCAGCUCAUGGAAGUGGCUACAAAGACCAUCAAUGAAGGGGGAACUUCUUUCAAUAACUUUGGGCAAUUUGUUGAACAAAUUAUGCAAUGAGGAUCGAUGUUCUCAACUCUUA